AUGGUGGAGCAGAAUGCUGUUCUGGGGACCACAGUCUCUGCGGCGGACAAGCCGACAGGAAGUGGCAAGGAUUCAUUGCCUGAAAUUCGAGAAACUGAGCCCACAUCCGUGGGGAGACGAAGUUAUGUGCCGCCGUAUUUUAUGUUGGUAGUUGUGGGGUUGGUGAUAUUGCUUAUAAUGCACAGAAGGCUGGGUCGUCGGGUGGAGCUGAGCCCUCGCAGCCCGCUCGUUGUUCCUCCACAGGAGAAGCCCGAGCGUGAUGAUUGGGGAAUGGGUUCACUUGAAUACUUUGAACAAACUAUUCCUGAGCUUGCGGUGGGCAAAAGAGCUCUGGCUGCUUGGGCCUCUGCGUCCGGCGGCUUCGUCAAGAGUGAGAAAGCUGAGGAGUAUGGGCGUGCUCUUGCUCAUGCUUUGUCGAAAGGCUCGCAACACUCCUUGGUUGGGAUGGUUGUUGCUCUUCAGGAUGUACAGCCGUGGGACAUGAGCGUUACAGAGAGGCCUGCGCCUCAACUGCUGCGCGUCACUGAAGUUGUUGCUUAUUCCCGCUGGAACUUGUUGGUGAAUGUCGAAGACAUUGUGACGAGGGAAGAGUAUUCCGCACAUAUCCCCAUGAUUCGUGAUGGUGGUGAAGACGUGGACAAGGUACAAAUACAAUAUUCAGUUGAGCAGGAGAGGGAGUCUAUCAUACAGGCUGUCGGCAAAACUCCGGCUGCUUUGGCGGCCUCACAGAAGGGCAUUUCCGUCCCACAAUACACCGGAAGAAUAUCAGGUCUUGAUGAAUUUCACACAGUAGGGAAUUUCCAGAUCGUUGGCAUUGCAACUUUGAUGGAAAGGGCUGUGGGAAGCUUACAAAAUCUGAUACGUACAGCAAAGGACGUCGUGCAACAAGCACGGGACUACAUUGCUGUUCGCUUGGUGUAUAUAGCGUUGAAACUCGAGCAUUCUGGAGUCGGCCAUCUGCAGUUUGAUUGGGAUUCUUUGUUUGUGCAUAGGGAUGGCUCUUUCCUCUUGGGAAAUUUCGCCAGCGCUGCUCCCUUCGGAGAGUGUAUAUAUCCCUUUAAAGCCUUCGUGACACAUCCUGCAGAACCUUCUAUGAUGAUGGCUUUUGAUAAUUCCGGCGUAUAUACUCCUGAAGCUAAGACAAACAUGUGGAGUGUCGGGAUCCUGCUGUACCAACUCUACACGGGAGACGAAAACCCUUUAGGACGUGUGGAGCAAUGGCCAGCAGAUGGGUGUUUACUCUCACAGUGCAUGCUAGGUCGGCAACUAGAUUCUGAAACUAUAUUAGAGAAUUUGAAAUCCGCGAAUGUCCCAAGGAGGUGGGUAGAGCUUAUUCUGCGUCUGUCGGAGCCCGACAGGCGUAGGAGGAUAGGUGGCUUCCAAGUUCUGAGGGAGUUUGACGACCUUCUUUAG